AUGAACCAGGGCUUGAUCGAAGCUCUCAGCUACUUCUCCGAGGAGACGACGGCCCCGGUCAUCGUCGAUGUCGGUACUCCCAUCAAACAGAAGGACUCGGUCGAAGAGGCCGCGGGUUCGAUGCUGCUGUCCCUGGAAAUUCAAGAACUGCUGUGCUCGGACGAGAUCGACACUGACAUGUCAAUGCCUCCUGCCAAGAACAUGUUGACGUCGGAUCCGUCGUCUGUCGCGCAACCUGAAAAGAAGCACCUGUCGAAGCAAUCCGAUCAAAGACUGAGACCGAAGUCAACAUCGUCGCGACGCGAUCGCCGGCGUCCGAAACACGAACUUGACUACUUGCGGGCGAAGGUGGUGGAGCUACAGGAAGAGUUGAUGACAUUGGGUCUCUCGAGCUGGAAAGAAAUUGCCGAACGCCAAAAGCGUGAGGUCGCUACGUCUAUUGAUGAAAACCGUCAACUGCGAGAUCGACUGCUCGGUCAGCUACAAGUUGCGCACGCCCUUGAAGCUUCCAUUCGUCAGCAUGAAAGUGACGCCAAUACGUCGUAUCAUCGUGAGCAGAUGAAUAAUACUGGCGCGAGCGAGGAGGAGCGGAUGCGCGUUUCGAAGAUAAUGGACGAGCACAUCUUUGCAGAGUUGAACAGUGCACUAGAGACGCAGCUUGCAGAAAUUGACAGGAUUUUCACGACGUACGGACUAUCGUCGGUGCUGCACAAGCUACAGGGUGGCUUUGCUUUUAAGCGAGAUGCAGACGGAAUUUCGUUUCGCUACGAGGAAGCGCGGCUGCUGCCGUUCUCGUGGCAAGCAUUGCACCACACGAUCUGGAAUAGUCUGCAUGAUGGCUCAAUUCAUAAACACACCGAAGCGCACAUGCUCAACCAAGACCAUUCGAACCUCAUUUUUCGCGACACAGUACAGCUAUCCAAGUCACGCCAGGUGACAAUGACGAAGUGGGCUGCUUUCCGUCGGCACAUUGAGCAAGAUCGCGUGGUUUUCGUGUAUAAUGUCCACGUGCACAUAGAUGGCGGCUCGGUGUCGGUGCGUCUUAGGGAGAAAGGAUGGAGCACUGCGUCGACUUUUGAGUUUCAUCGAGAUGUGACUCAGGGAACCAACGACUCGAGUGACUUUAUGCGAGGUUGCAUCACUCGCUUGGUAGUUCAAUUGACUCCCGAAAUUUCCGAGUUUAAAUCGAAGCAGGAGGCUCGGAUGCACGUCGGAGAGAUGUCAGACCUUAUCGUUGGCUUCUACCACUACAACUAUCGUUCAGUCAAUGAAGUUGCCCAGACGCGUCUACAGGGCAGUGCUGACACCAGUGGCAAAGAUGAGGGUGUAAAAGGUGGUAUAGUGCAGAUGUUUUAA